UCUUACCAUGAACAAAAGCAAAAUCAAAUUUGACUACAUUUCACAGUCAUUCAACUAUUUUAGUAAUCAAAUUUUGAAUAUAAAAGUUAUUAUAAUUGCAUAAUUAUCCUUAAAUAGUAUGAAUAUCCAUUAUACCGACAGUAAAUGAAGAGAUUCUCUCUCCCAUAUUUGCCACUUCUCUCAAGCAAAGGUUUUUUCUUUUUCUUAUACUCUCACUCACUCAUUCUUGGACUCUACAAAUUUUCCUUUUUGGCCAAAAUUCCAGCUCAUUCGAAACCCACACAACCUUUACUCAUUUCACGACCACCUCGACGGUUCUCCUGCUACCUCACACUCUCUCUCUCCUCCUCUCUGUCAUUUUCUUCUGCUCGAGAAGAAAAAUCCAUGGAAACCCGUUUGUGUUAGCGGAACUAUAAUGCCAUUUGUGAUAAAGAAAUUACUGGAAGCUGCCGAAUCCUUACUGCUUCAAGCUCCAAGCUUUUGCUUAAAAUGGUGGGUCUGAGAGAAUCGUGGUGUUUCUGCAAGGGAGUGAGCAAGUCGGAGAGAAUGAAAGGUGCCAUUUUUUCUGGCAAGGCUCCGGCGAUGGCUAGAAUCUCAGGUGCCGGAAAUGAGAUCUCCGGUACUGGUUUUUUGAUUCACAGGAACCUCCUUUUGACUACCCAUGUCAACAUUCCGUCAGUGACUGCUGCUGAAAGCGCCGAGAUCUGGCUACAGAAUGGUGUCGCUUCGAAUCUCGUUCCUCACAGGUUUUUCAUCACCAGCUCUGUUUUAGAUCUUACAAUAGUGGGUUUAGAUACCAUGGAUGGAGAUUCAAAUGCCCAAGGGCAGCAUCUUCACUUCUUGAAGACUUGUAUUAAACCAAGUUUGGAUCUGGGCAAUGCAGUAUACCUUUUAGGCCACACAGACAAAGAGGAGUUAACAGUUGGUGAAGGGAAGGUGGUGAUAGCCACUGACAAUCUCAUAAAAUUGUCCACUGAUGGAAUAAUGUGGAGCCCCGGGUCAGCCGGAUUCGAUGUACAAGGAAAUCUUGCUUUCAUGAUCUGUGAUCCCAUGAAAAUAGCUACAUCUCCAACCAACAAAUCCUCAUCCACAUCUUCGUCGUCUUCAUCGUCAUGGAAAAAGGAUCUUCCUAUGCAAUUUGGCAUCCCCAUUCCCAUCAUCUGUGAUUGGUUAAAUCAGCACUGGGAAGGUAGCCUUGAUGAUCUUAACAAACCCAAAUUACCAAUCAUAAGAUUAAUGUCCACGGGCCAGAAGAGUGAACAUUCGUGUGCUUCCUUCACUCUGAGGCCGGUUUUCAAGUCAACAGAUGCAGAUCACGAAGGCACGCCAUCUUCUUCUAACACCGUCUCAAAAGCCAGGGAUCAGGCUGGACCGAGCUGUUCUCCUGCAGCAAAUACUGUUGAAGAAGAAAUCCUUGCAGAUUCACAUACCAUGCAUAUACAGGGAAUUCCUACUCCAGAAAUUUAUGAAUCCCCAAAGUUAAAUUCUGUUCCUCUUCGGAAAAAACAAACUUCUUCAAUUCAGCUUUUGGAUAUCAAUUUCCCUCCGAAAAUGGUUAGGCCUGCAGCUAAACAGCUGCCCCCAAAUUCUGGUGAGAAUUUGAUCAAGGAUCUUCAACCAGAGAAUCCAGUAAGAGAAGAACACAUUCAGAAUAGAGGACUAGCCAGUCCUGAUGCAGAUGCUGAAGUUGCUUCAACAGGUUCUGUUAACAGUGCUCAGAGCGAGGUCCAGUCUAGCUCGUCCCCAGUUGAAAAUUUUGGGGUGCAACAAAACGGUUAUAGCAGCGAGGGUGAAACUAUGUAUUCUGCAGAAACUGCUGAGAGUCGAAACUAUACUAGUCCUAGAGAAGGAAAGUUUCAGCAAGUUGGCAGGAGCCAAAGCUGUGUGAGCUACAAUAGGUGGGGAACCGUCCAAAAAAACCCGAUGGCUCGCAGGGCUUUGCUUGAAAAUCAAAGUAGCUUCAUCCAUGGAAGAAAGAUGUAUUCUCAAGGCGCCACGUCUCAGAGAAGCAACGACUAUUACAGCCCGACUGUCUCCUCGAUCAUGAAGAAGCGAAACAACUCGGAGCAAACUAGCAGACCCCGGCCAAGCGCGGUGCAACUGCAUUCAUCCUCUCCAAGAUGGAACUUUUAAAUGAUUCUUAUCUUGUGCAAUACAUGAAAGUCAUUGACAACAAAAGUUGAUAGUGUUUUACACUUUUAUUAGCUCGCAUAUCAUUUGAGUUUCAUUAGGCAUAAUGUACCAUAUUUGUUAUGCCUGUACAUGACACUGAUCUGAGGUGAAUAAGAAAAUUCGGCCAAGUUGUGAUUUUCCUCCCAGUGA